AUGGCGAGCAAACGCCCUCGUUCGGAUUCCCCAGAGGUAUCCUCCUCUCGCCCCCGCCGCAAGGUCACGGAGCCAGGCCCGCCUCCCCCAGUCCCGUAUGAGGAUUCAAUCUUCUCGGUCCAAACAGAUGUGUCGGAAUCCACGCGUGCAGCAAAUCUAGCCGCAAUGCUUGAUCGCAUUGAUCGGUACGCCACAAGUGCGGAAAGACCCCACGAUGAAAUCCUCCAAGCAUCCCUUAGAAAUUUCCUCGAGAUGUUACCACCAGAUGGAUGCGCCGAGCUCUUGAAGGACCAAGUUGUAAUUCUAAUAGUUCUUCCAUCGGUCCGCCUACCAAGCUCGGAGCGGACGAUCAAAGAAGGGAAACUGAGCUAUUCUUGA